CUAAAAGCAAUGCCUCCGCAACUAGGUCGGUUGACAAAUCUGCAAUCUUUGCCUAAUUUUGUGGUGGGUAAAGGUAGUGAUGAAUCAGGGAUAAGAGAGAUAGGAUCCCUAUCCCAUCUCCGAGGGACAUUAUCGCUCUCAAGGUUGGAGAAUGUGAUCGAUGCUGAGGAUGCACGGAAGGCCGACUUAAAAUCCAAGGAGAGAGUAGAUGAAUUGGUGCUAGAAUGGUCGGAUAACACACAAGAAACGCAAUUAGGCGUGCUUGACAGAUUAGAACCUCAUAGAAAGCUUGAAAAACUCAUCAUCAGGGGUUAUGCUGGAUUAGAAUUUUCAACAUGGAUUGGAGAUCGUUUAUUCUCCACUAUGGUGCAUGUACGCUUAGACAAAUGUAAAAAUUGUCAAAUCUUGCCACCACUUGGGCAACUGCCUUUGCUCAAAGAACUUUAUAUUACAGGAAUGGCUGCAGUGAAAAGUGUCGGUCCUGAGUUUUAUGGAGAGAGUAGCUUGCCUUUUCCAGUACUGGAGACUCUUGAGUUUUCAGAUAUGCACAACUGGAAGAAAUGGCUUCCUUUCGAACAAGAUCAGGUUUUCCCUUGCUUGAAAUUGCUUUCAAUCAGAAAUUGUCCUCAAUUGGAGGGUAAGGUGCCCGAGAACCUUGAUUCAUUAGAAACACUUAAAAUUAUUAAAUGCGAGGAAUUGGUGAUUUCAAUUUCCAACUAUAAACAAAUUGGUGCAUUAGACAUCGACGGUUGCAAAGCGGUGGUGAAGACAAGUGGCGUUGAGUUUGAGUUAUUAGAGUCCUUGAAACUUUCAAAUAUUUCAGAGGUGAGGUUCCAAACAGGGGAAUUCACCAAAGGAUUAAGGAAGGUUGCAAAUUUGAGGAUUGGCGGAUGUGAGGAGCUGACAUCUUCACUGAAGAAUGAGGAUAGAGUAUUGCAACACUUGAUUUCUCUUGAUUCUUUGGUUAUUGAAGGAAACUCUUCCCUCCUUGAAAAGCUGGGAAAAGAAGCAGAGGAGUUGCUGCAAUUGCAAAUAUUGACUUGCAAGCUUAAAUAUCUGGAAUUAAACAAGUGUGCAAGUCUUUCGAAGGUACCAGAAGGGUUGCAUCACCUAACGGCUCUUCAAGACCUUGAAAUAGUUGGAUGCUCAAGUCUGGUUUCUUUUCCAGAUGUUGGUCUGCCUCCUUCCCUUGAAGUCAUAAGGAUUGAGGAGUGUGAUUCGUUGCUGUAUUUCGCAAAAUACCAGAUUCCCCCAAAUCUAAGAAGCAUAGAGAUAGGAAAGUGUAGAAGUUUGAAAUCAUUAGUAGAGAAAGACGAGGAUAGUUCUUCGUCUUCCUCUUCUUCUCAUAUUUCUCUUGAGCACUUGGCAAUAACGGAAUGUGAAUCUCUAAAGUCGUUAUCAUUGAGAGCCCAGUUGUUUCCCAGGGCGCUUAAACGCCUUCACAUAUCCGAUUGUGGAGAGCUGCAGUUAAUAACGUCCGAUGGGUUAGCCCACGACAACACUAAUUAUUGUCUUGAAUAUAUUAGCAUCGAUUCUUGCCCAAAUCUGAAAUCCUUACCGGAGGGCCUAUGCCACCUCACCAAUCUUCAAACCUUACAGAUUUAUGAUUGUGGGAGUCUGGUUUCCAUCCCGAGCCUGAGUGGUGAGGGUUUGUCUUCGCCAACAACAACAGCCGCCUCCAGCCUGAAAGAAAUCUACAUCGAAAAUUGCAACAAAUUGGAGAUGUUACCGGACAUGUGCAAUCUCAACUGUCUUCAGGAAUUGAAUAUUGAUUACGGUGAAGGUUUAAAUUUCACUUCCUUUCCCCCCAACCUAACAUCACUUACAAUUAGUGGAUUCAAGAAUUGUAAGCCGCUGUGGGAGUUGUUGCACAGGCUCACCUCUCUUACAGGCUUGUUCAUUAGUGGUGAAGACCCAAGUGUGGUGUCAUUUCCACCCGACAGUUACAGGGAGAUGGAGAUGGAGAUUCUUCUCCCCAAAUCUCUCACUGUUCUCUCAAUUGCUGGCUUCCCAAAUCUGAAGAAACUGAGCAGCAAGGGCUUUCAAUUCCUCACCUCUCUUCAAUCUCUUCAACUCUGUGAUUGUCCAAAGCUGGCAUCUAUUCCAGUGGAGGGGUUGCCUAUUUCACUGAGGGAACUUAAAAUCAUUAGGUGUCCUCUGCUAAAAGAUAAAUGCCAGCCUGGAAGUAAAGGACGAUACCUGCCCAAAAUAUCCCACAUCCCCCGCAUAAAGAUAUGGCCUUAGAAGACGGUUUGAAGAUGAUGAGAACCCACACCGACACAUGGACAUGGUCAACUCCGACUCUCACUCUCCCCAGGAAGUGCAUUUAAGCCAGAUUAGAUCAGCAAAUUCACAUCACUUCAAGAUGACCGUCUCCCAUCCUGACUGGGGAUUCCCCAACCUCCCACUGCGAUUUACUCUUUUUAAGGCCUCGAUAAAAUUGACCUAGUCCUCGCAUGAUGUCUGGUCCAGUGUGAGAGGGGUAAAAGAAGGGACUGCCUCUCUUGCUUCCGGAGCUGCAGGGUGAAGAGCUGUGAAAGGACCGGAUAGCAACAAGGUCAUUUCAUAUCGUGGUAACAUCAACUGAAGAUGGAACGCUUUCAAUAUUCAGAUGCUAUAUACAGCUUACGGAAGCCAAUGUUGUGUUGUGCCAGAAUAGUCUUCGAACUCCCAUCCCUUCAAGCUUCUCAAGAAACCACUGCAGGGGGAAUAGUAAACUCGUAUGGCUCACGCUCUUUUUCUCUCCAGAUGUUUUGCUUGCUCCUUGAUUCGAGUGUGACGC